AUUUGGUAUGGUAAUAUUAUUGCCAAUCUUUGUUCGUGACAUGGGUUUCUUGGAUUUAUUGUCUGGUAUGAGAUCUGGGGAUUUGAGUUUGAUUUUCUCCGAAUGAGGAGUGAUUAUGGUGAAGCGCGUUCAAAAGAUCUGGACUUUCAAGUUUGCUUUUGUGGAUUCCAUUAGGGGAAGGUUCUGAAAAUCUGAGAGGCAGUAGGGGAAUACAGACAUGGCAACUGAUCUUAAUACAGAAUUAUCCAAGAAAACUGCUGUUUUUGGACUUAGGGUCUGGGAAGUAAUUGGGAUUGUUGUAGCUUUAUUUAUCAUAAUCAUCCUUUCAAUGUUGUCAUUUUGUUUGACUUCCCGGAAGAAAUCAAGACCCUGGAAUAAGAUUCCAAUUAGUCAAAUCCCAACUGUUUCAAAGGAGAUCAAGGAAGUAAGAGUGGAACAAGUAUCAACCACUGAUUUUGUUCCUCAUGAUGGGAUUCUCACCAUUCAUGACAAAUCCAGUGAUAAAGACUCAGGUAAGGUUAUGGUCCAUCCAGGAAUGGGCAACCAGUCAGACUCCUUUCACCACUUAGAGACAGAUGGUGCUGAAUCUCAGUCAGGUGAAGAAGGGAGUUCAGGGACAGUAACUGUUUACAAACCUUCUUCUUCAUAUCCUAUCACUGCACCUUCUCCUCUUAUUGGCCUGCCUGAAUUUUCUCACUUGGGUUGGGGACAUUGGUUUACAUUGAGGGAUCUGGAAGUUGCCACAAAUCGUUUUUCAAAGGAGAAUGUCCUUGGUGAAGGUGGGUAUGGUGUUGUUUAUCAGGGACGGUUGAUCAAUGGGACGCCAGUGGCAGUUAAAAAGAUCCUCAAUAACUUGGGCCAAGCAGAAAAGGAAUUUAGAGUGGAGGUAGAAGCCAUUGGCCAUGUACGCCACAAAAAUUUGGUUCGCCUUCUGGGAUACUGUAUUGAAGGAACACACAGGAUCUUGGUUUAUGAGUAUGUCAACAAUGGAAAUUUAGAACAAUGGCUUCAUGGAGCUAUGCGUCAGCAAGGAUAUCUUACUUGGGAUGCUCGCAUGAAGGUCCUUCUUGGCACAGCUAAGGCUCUAGCCUACCUGCAUGAGGCCAUUGAACCCAAAGUGGUGCACCGAGACAUUAAGUCAAGCAAUAUAUUGAUUGAUGAUGAGUUCAAUGCCAAGGUCUCAGAUUUCGGUCUUGCCAAGUUGCUGGGUGCUGGGAAAAGUCAUGUCACAACUCGAGUCAUGGGAACAUUUGGAUAUGUGGCCCCUGAGUAUGCAAAUACUGGCCUUCUGAAUGAAAAAAGUGAUGUUUAUAGCUAUGGGGUUCUACUGCUGGAAGCAAUCACUGGAAGAGAUCCUGUAGAUUAUGGUCGUCCUGCCCCUGAGGUAAAUCUGGUAGACUGGCUAAAAAUGAUGGUUGGCAGCAGGAGGUCUGAGGAAGUGGUAGAUCCAAAUAUUGAGGUCAAGCCAUCAACAAGAGCCCUAAAGCGCGCCCUAUUGACUGCACUUAGGUGUGUUGAUCCUGAUUCUGGUAAAAGACCCAAGAUGAGCCAAGUUGUGCGCAUGCUUGAGUCUGAGGAAUAUCCCAUACCAAGAGAGGAUAGAAGGCACCAUAGAAGUCGUGGAGGGAGCUUGGAGAUUGAUUCUCAAAGGGAUAAUUCUGACACUGACCGAAGUGAUUAUCCAGGUUCAAGAUCAGAAAGCAAGCGGACACAAUUAUAAGCAACGAUUUAUUUUGAAGUUGUGAGAGAUUCAUAAGCUGGCACAGGUGUGGGAAGGAAUUCUUAAAAUUUAAUUUUCAAUGGCGUUUAGAUUCUUGGGGUUUGUCUCCAUAUAUGGUAGUGGUUGGUUGUUGUUAUGUAGGGGGUGUGGGUUGGGGGAAAGGCUGGAUGAGGUGAGAGGUGACAUGUUUAUUCUUUUCCUUGUUUCUUUUUAAUAUAAUUUGUAGAUGAAGAGAUGAUCUGUUUGUGUACAGAAUUGGGUAGCUCUGGAAACUUGUGCGAAGAAGUGCUUGAUACUUGGUAGGGCAAUAUGUAUAACAAGGAAAAACUGUUGUGCAGUCUUGGGUUACCCAACAAAAAUCGUUUAAUGGGAGCAUACCUCCUAAUAUUGGGGUUCUCUCCCCAUCUAGCAGUCAUUAUGUUACAAUUUGAGAAUUAGCCUUGCAAUUGAAUUGAUUGCUGUUGUUUCUAAUUUUCUUGGCCUGUCUGAUUUGGCUGUCAAUUAGGGUCCAUUUUUUGCAAUUUCUUCAGUGAAACCAGGAGAUUCAUUUAUUGGCAUUUGCCAAGCAUCUUCCAGGAAAUUUCUGGCUACAAUUUGUACAAGUUCUCUCUCAUCUUCUCCUUGGCCGACUCGCUUUUAAUCAUCUCACAGAAUUAGCUCU